AUUCUGUUCUGCUUCCCGCCCGAGUCUUUCUUCGGUUUCCCGCUUUUCAUUCAGUUAAUACGAAUUUACAUGAGAGAGAUACAUACUUUACAUACCUUGCCUAGGAUCAUUACCCUCGAUUGCAUACACAGGAAAGAAGGCACUGAAUAGUACAGUAUCCGGCGCGCCUUUUUGCCGUGAUUCUGGUACUUUGCAGUACCUUGGUUUCUGAGCCCCCUGGUCUCCCACGCCCCGUGUCACUCGCUCUCUCUCUCUCUCUCUCUUUUUGGGGGUACCCUCGACCUGGUCUGGCCUACCUAUCCUAUCCUCCCCUCUUUCCCCCCUUCCCCCCUCUCAUUCAUUCGCUCAUACUCGGUACAAUCCUAUCCUAUCCUAUCCUACUGCCCCUUCCCCUCUGUAUUAUCCCUCCCCUCCCCCUUCCGUUGCAGCAAGCAGGACCAGACACACAGUACCUACCUUACCUUCCUCCGUACCUACUGGACAGCGAACAAGGCAAGCACCACCUCAGACGGCCCUCUUCUUUACUUUCCCAUUCUAUUGUCUGCGAGGUAUCCAUCGGUACCUCCAUUGCCUUCCAUUGGACAACCUGAAGAGAGGAGGCAAGAGGUAGUUGAAGGACAAAGUACCAUUGCAUACAAAGUACCUCGGAGAAGUACCUCACGGAGUACAGGUCCCCGAUUUUGACACCGUCAUUCGAGGCAACUGGCCUUCUAUCCUCCCUCGCACCCCUGUCACCCCGUGCCAGCUGACUGCAACGGACUCCACUCCUAUCUAUCUGCCUCCAUUUCUGUUGCUGGCGCUCUUUCUCUUGUCUCUCUUUCUCGCUCCUUGCCAUUUUGUUCCUCUCUCGUUUUACGCAUCUGCCCCGAAUUCCCAUUUACCGCCCGCCCUCCUCCAUCCGCGUCUCUUUCCCCCGUUCACGUCCACGUCUACGCCUACCUAUCCUACGUCCACCACCACCACAACCACCACCACCACCACCAGUCGACCUUCGUCCCAAAAAUAUUCACCGCCCCCCGUUUGGAUCAUGGUGCACUCGAGUCGUCACCUUUUCCCGUAAGAUCGAAUCCAACAAAAGUGCAGACGUGAGACGCCAUUGAAAAGACGACUGCACCGUCGAAAUGGGCAACAGCCAGGGCAAGCCCAUCGACUUGGAUGGCGAAGUCAACCUCAACCAUUUCCGUCUGCUGCGAGUAGUCGGCCGAGGCGCCUUUGGUAAAGUGCGCAUCGUCGAGAGAAAAGACACCAAUCUGUCUUUUGCCCUGAAAUACAUCCGGAAAGAUGAAGUCGUACGAUCCGAAAGUGUGCGGAAUAUCAUACGAGAGCGCCGGAUGCUCGAGCACGUGAACCAUCCGUUCAUUUGCAACUUGCGAUACAGUUUCCAAGACAUCGAAUACAUGUAUCUGGUUGUCGAUCUGAUGAGCGGAGGUGAUCUACGAUUCCACAUCUCGAGAAAGACCUUUACCGAAGACGCAGUGCGGUUCUGGAUUGCCGAAUUGGGAUGUGCACUCCGCUACAUUCACAGCCAAAACAUUAUCCAUCGCGAUGUGAAACCCGACAAUGUCCUGCUUGAUGCCGACGGACACGUGCAUUUGACCGACUUUAACGUCGCCUCCGAUAUCAUUCCCGGCAAGGUUCUGUCAAGCAAAUCGGGUACACUGGCCUACCUUGCUCCCGAAGUGUACGCUGGUAAGGGCUACGAUGUUCGUGCAGAUUGGUGGUCGCUUGGUGUGCUAUUCUACGAAUGCAUAUACAACAAGAGGCCAUUCGACGGCAACUCGGAGAGCACCCUUAGCCAGCAAAUACAACUCGCCAACCCGAAAUGCCCCAUCACUUCGCCACCCGUCAGCUUACCCUGUUUAUAUGCCAUCCGCGAUGCCUUGGAUUCGAACCGUGAUCAACGAAUGGGUGCGACAUGGGAGAGCUUUACGAAGCACGAAUUCUUCAUGAUGAUUGAUUUUGAGGCGCUGGAGCGAAAAGAGAUUGAGCCAGUCUUUGUUCCGGCCGCGGAUAAGACUAACUUUGAUGCUACGUACGACCUCGAGGAGUUGCUUUUGGAGGAGGCUCCUCUGGAAGCGCGGGCCCGACGGCAGAAGCCUCGCGAGCGGUUAAAGGAGGACGCUUCAGACAAGGAGAUCCGCGAAGACGAGCUUUACCGCAUGAUUGAAAACGACUUCCGUCCAUUCGAUUACACGCUGGCUGCGUACAAAAAAAUCACCGGCCAAGGUGAAGAGGUCGGAUACGUUAAUGGCGAUAUGGUCAACAUGAACCAGCCCCAGGCGUUGACCACCGAUGAGGCUACACCGGCAGCAAUGGCUACGAAUGGAGGAAGACCUAUGCCACCCCCGGGACCAUUACGAAAGAGUUCGAGCCUGGAGAGACGGCCAGGCAGCAGUCAAUCCGGUGUUCCCCGUCGACCAGUAUCCAAGCCGCCUCCGAUACCGCAUUAUCCUAGCGAAUAUUCUAAUCAACGAGCGGCACCGCCAGCUGCAGGAAAGAGGGUCACCAGCCCGACAGGCGGCAUGCAGGUUACGUUGGACGGUGGCGGCAGCUGGUCUGAUCUCGCCCGGCAGGAUGCUACACUGCCGACAGAUGCCAACGCCAUCAGCGAGGGCAAAUCUGAGAGCUCAAGUGGCGUAUUCGGCUUCCUCAGGGGCAAGAAAGGAAGAGGUCACAGCCCCAAGCCGAAGGAAAGGGGAGUGUUGGGCAAAGAGGGAGCAAGACAAGUCAUUGGAUAGAAGACACUCGUGGUCUUGGGAAGAGUUGGAAAGACGUACAGGGAGAGGUGACGGAUCGAUACCCGAGGAAUUCAGCAAAACACAAAGGAAUCGCCGAACCACGCCUACCCGAAGACGCACUGUGAAAGGCCUGAAAAGAUGACGGCUAGAUCGUGGCAUCCCAGCAACCGAUUCUUGAGCCAGUGUGCCUAUCAUUGGAAGGGUUACACUGUGGACGUUUCAUUGGGAACAGACUGCGACGCCGAAGCGGGCAAAGGUUGCACGAGGCCGGCCCCAGGCUGUCUUACACAAGAAAGAUUGUGAGGCCGUCCAUCACCGACCGGAAAGACAAUGGCAAUCGGCAUGCUUUUCACGACAGCUGGGAACCAUUCGUCAAGGUCGUGGCCCGAGAAGAUGGGAAAGUCUAGGCCGGUAUUUUCACCUACCUAAUGGCAGAAUCUAGAAGGAGUAUUCCGACGGGGCGGCUCCCAAUUCACAAAGCAUCAGGUGGGGCGUAGCGUGGACUAGCGGAGAGAAAUAGGCCAGAC